AGUGUCUAAUACAUUAUUGUGUAUACAUUCUGCACUACUACUGUAGCAUACGUACACAUAUACCUCUUGAAAAGACGGGUGGACACCGCGACUGAUAAAGACAACUAAAUUACUUGACGAAGGUCUUAAUUACUUGACCUUCUAAAUUAUUUUCUUCGAUCCAUAAUGCCCGUACUGCCUGUUGAUGAAGCCUGUGCACUAGUUCUGCGUUAUAAGAUUCCCACCGAACAAUUUGUCCUGUGUCAUUUGGAAGGUCAAUGCAAUACUGGAGACACUUACGCCGUUGAUAUAACUGUUGAAGAGCAGCCGAAUUACGCCGGCAUUCUUCCGUCGGUGUGGACUGUGACAUUAACAAUCUCGGAACCGUGGGGCAAUGCAAGUGUAACAGUAACCCCAAAGGAGAAGCCCCGGGUUUUCCUCGAUAAAAACCCAAGACCUAACCCCCCACCCCCUAAAGAAGCCAAAAGCGGCAGUAAUCUGAUGGUAGAUUACGCUGUCCGAAGCGCAUUGCAGCAUACUAUAUACCGGUAUUCGCUGCUCCUCAGGGUUCGUGGAUCGUGCGAUUACAAGAUCGAGUCGGGAAAAUGCUCUCAGGUUGAAUACAGCCUGCGCAAUGAGCUCCAUGGCCUGACCGUUUCUGUGCGUAGCUCAUGUGGAAAAGUUCAUUACCUUCUGCAACCAAAAGCCCAUGUGUUGGUCAAUUUAAUCCUCUAUCCGGCGGAGUCAAUCUCAAACUUGGAAACAAUUCAAACAAGUCUGGAGCGAGCGGAUUUGAAGCGAUUACGGGAAUCGCAGACGCUGUCUGACUGUACAUUGGUCUGUGCCGAUCGAGAAUUCCCGGUGCACCGCGCCAUCUUAGCCGCACAGUCGCCGGUAUUCGCCGCCAUGUUCCAGAAUGGUCAAUACUCGGAGACUACGCCGAAGCUGAGUAGACGGUCCAAACAGGGAGUCUUAUACAUUGACGACAUCGGGGCAGAUAUUCUGGAUGCCCUGCUGGAUUUCGCCUACACGCGCGCACCUUUACAGGCGACUAAUUUGACGGAAUUGUGGCACGCGGCUAACACAUACGAUAUGGACGACCUGCGCGCGGAAUGUGUUCGCCGAAUGAUCAGCUCCAUCACGCCCGAUAACGCUUUCCAGUACUUCUGUUUGGCUCGUGAGCACGGCUUGACUCAACUGAAGGUAGCUGCUGGAAAGGUCAUUGGUCAAGAUCCCGGUAACGUCACUUGAGCAUGGAUUGAUUGUAUGGUUUCAACUGGACACGGGACGGACGAGGUUUUUUUUCUCUAGUUGCGGAAUUUAGAAGCUUAGUUUUCUGAUCCUAAUAUACAAGUUGUAGAAAGAAGAAGAUCUGAUAAUUUUCAUUGGUCAUCUGUUGUACUCCACUAACAUUUUGCUUACUAAAAUGUUGGUGCUCAUCAUGAUUGAUUUCUCCUGUCUGGCUUGACGAGGACCACCAUUUAGCUUUAAUUAUGCAAUAUAUUAUUACGUUAUGCAUAUGCGGCUGCCGAAAGAGUCUGUAAAAAAAAUAUACAAA